UGUAUGUAUUUCUAUAUAUUAUUCUUAUGAGAUAAUUCUAAUCGAUCUAAGUUGAUUAGAAAGUGAUUUUUAAAUGUAUCCUUUAAUACGUGUACGUAAGUAAUAUCCGAUGGACUUUUUUUUUAGCACCUGGCUCUCAUGUGUGUAUAUGUUUAUUUAUUUAAUAUAAUAAUGUAAAUUUAAGAUUUAGUAUUAGGUAAUGAAACAAUCUUGUAAGAAGUUCAUCAAUUAUUCUGAUUAAAAAAAAAAAAAAGAAAAAAGAAAAUAUACUGAAUAUAAUUGAUAGUGAAAAUAAAUAAUGAAAUAAUGUUAUGUUUAAGUAUAUACAGUUUCCGAUUGUUUGAAUUUUUCUAAAGGAUAACUAACUCUAGCAAGACAAAUAAAACAAUCAUGCGAUUUGGAUUAAUGAUGGCUCUAAUACUUUUCGGAUGGGUUUUGAUGGUGAAUGGAUCGAAAUAUCGAAGUUAUAAUAUUCCGAGCGAUAAAAAAGUACCGAGAGAUAGAGAGAUACGUGGUUACAGACCAGAUGAAAUAUCUACUUCAAUUGGAGUAGGAUACGGUAAAAGGGAUGGACCCUACGAAAUUUCUAAUCUUAACAGACGAGAAAGAGUACUUUUGUCUCUUCUUCGUAAUUUCCCACAAGGAAUAACUCCUGAAUUAAUAUUACGAGAAAUGAAAACUAAUCCUCAUUUUGCUGGAAAAUUAACGGAAAUGAUAAUUAAUGAUGAUAAUGGUCAAACACCUAUUGGAGAACAAUUGCAACCGGAAGGAACCAUAUUCAUAUUUUAACUCUAAACAUGGGACAAACAUUCUCUACUAGGAUAUACAAUUUUUGGCGAUAAAUUUUAGUCAAAUAAAAUUGUGGUAUCUUAAAAAUGCUUUAAAGAUGUUUCUUUUUUUUCUGUGCUUUUCUUUUAAAAUAACAAUAAU